CUGAUAUGUCCCUACAUGUUCCUUGUAGUCCCCAUUCUUUUCAUUCAAGAUGGCGGAAACGGAACAACAACAACAGGCAGUUGCAGGAUCGCGUAGUAGGGUCUUGACUGGUGACCUCCCAGAUGAUUUCUUAAGACUGUCAGCCCCUGCCCAGGGUCCAGGAGGCGCCCCUGUUAUGUACAUGCCGCCAGGGUUCAUGCCCAUGCAACAGGUCCCAGUUGGCAGGCUGAGUAUCACUGUUGUACAGGCCAAGCUGGCUAAGAAUUAUGGCAUUACUCGCAUGGACCCUUAUUGUCGCAUCACUGUGGGCAAUCAAGUCUUCGAGACUCCUACUGCUCAUAACGGCGCUAAUAACCCAAGAUGGAAUAAACUAAUAGCAAGCACUUUACCAAAAGGUGUUUCAACAAUAUAUGUUGAGAUUUUUGAUGAGAGGUCUUUCUCUGUUGAUGAGCGUGUGGCAUGGGGCCUAGUGCAGAUCAGGGAGGACGUUCUAAAUGGAGAAACUAUAGAUGACUGGUACUCUCUAAGUGGCAAACAGGGCGAGGACAAGGAAGGGAUGAUCAACCUGGUAUUUGCAUACAGGGUCGUCCCUGCAGGACCACAAACGAUGAUGUACCCACAACCUGUCCCUGUGAUGAUGGUCCCUGCCCCAACGCCGGUCUUCUACCCAGGGGGCUAUGGACAGCAACCAAUCCCCACUCAGCCUCCGCCGCCACAGCGACCCCGAGAACCCACAGAGGACGAGAUAAAAGACCUAAAGGACAUGUUUCCAUCGAUUGAGGAGAGCGUGAUAAAAUCUGUUCUCGAGGCUUGUAAUGGGGAUGUGGAUGCGGCGACGACGCAUCUAUUGACAAUGAGCGCGGGGGAGUAGGAAGGGGGCUGGGAAUUUGAAUGUAUUGCGACGGAAAUGAUCGCAUAUUCUUUUUAUUCUUGCGAUAGCUUGUAGACCACAAUUAUCACACAAAAAAAUGAUUGAUCAUUUUAAUUUACAGCAAAUUUGUUGUAUUGCGACGGAAAUGCUGGUAUGUCCUUGUUUUGUCUUGGGAUAGCUUGAAGACCUCAAUAAUCACAAAAAAUGAUUGGUCAAUUUAAUUCACGGCCGAACCAGGGGGCUAUGGAUUGCGACAGAAAUGAGUGUACUUGUUUUGUCUUGCGAUAGCUUGCAGACCUCAAUAAUCAUAAAAAAAAAUGAUUGGUCAAUUUUAUACGCGUUAUUUUCGGACGAGAAUAGAUGAGCGGUCGUUGUACGACGAAUUCGACUGUAAAUCCUUCCGUAUUACUCGAAUAAGCCGAUUUUCAUGCAUUCUGUGCGUUUGAUGCAUAUAUUCGAAUGAGUAAAUACGGUCUGCUUGAUUUGUAGGUCGAGAAAUAAUCUCUUAUUAAACAAUUUGUAAACAAGUAAAGUAAGCAAGUAAUUUACGAGGAAGGAUAAAUAGCGGUCGAAAGCCUAUUUUUCGGUAAACCGCCACAGCUUAUGACGCCUUAAUUGUCGGUAAAUAAACUGCUUUCUGCAUUUGA